AUGCCAAUCCCUUCUUCAACCACGUCUUCGCUUUUGGAAUCUCUAACUCUGGUCUCAAAAUGCACCAUCUUCCCACACCAAAAGUCUACCCUUCCAGACCUCAAACUAUCCGUCUCCGAUCUUCCAAUGCUCUCAUGUCACUACAUUCAAAAGGGUGGUCUCUUCACUCGCCCUCCUGUUCCAAUCGAAUCCGUCGUCUCUCUCCUUCAACUUGGUCUCUCCCAAACUCUAACCCACUUCCCAGCUCUCGCCGGGCGUCUCAAAACUGACUGUUCCGGCUAUGUUUAUAUCACUUGUAACGACGCUGGAGUAGACUUCAUUCACGCCGUUGCAACUCACAUUCAUGUUCGUGACAUUUUGUCUCCGGCCGAUGUUCCCGAGUGCGUCAAAGGGUUUUUCUCUUUUGAUAGAACUGUGAGUUACGAUGGCCAUUUCAGGCCAAUAUUAGCUGUGCAAUUGACGGAGCUUGCUGACGGAGUUUUCAUCGGCUGUGCCGUCAAUCAUGCCGUUACUGAUGGCACGUCGUUUUGGAAUUUCUUCAAUACUUUCGCGGAGGUCUGUAGAGAUGGUGUGAGGAGGACUACGAGGACACCUGACUUUCGCCGUGAUUCUGUGUUAAUCUCGUCGGCGGUGCUCAGAGUUCCUGAAAGUGGGCCCAAGGUCACUUUCUCCGAAGACCCGUCAUUAAGAGAGAGAAUUUUCAGCUUCACCAGAGAAUCUAUUCUGAAACUGAAAGCGAAAACAAACAAUCGGAAAUUGAACGGUAUUUGUAACGGAGCAAUUGACGUCGUUGAACUGAUGGGGAAGCAGAGCAACGACCCAUGGAAGAUCGCCGAUGGGAAGAAAACGCCGUUCAAUCGGCUACGAAACGUCAUUUUAACAGAGUCUGCUAAUCCAGCAACUGAGAUCUCAUCUUUUCAAUCAAUCUGCGCGCUUCUAUGGCGAGCGGUGACACGUGCCCGGAAACUACCGUCGGCCAAGACGACGACGUUCAGAAUGGCGGUGAAUUGCCGUCAUCGACUAGAUCCAAAGCUCGGUCCGUACUAUUUCGGCAGCGCAAUUCAGAGCAUUCCCACGUAUGCUACGGCCGGCGACGUUUUGUCUCGCGAUCUCCGAUGGUGCGCCGAUCAGCUGAACAAGAAUGUGAUGGCCCACGAUAACGCAACGGUGAGGCGCUUCGUAGAGGAAUGGGAGAGGGACCCACGAUGUUUCCCGUUAGGGAAUUUCGAUGGUGGCAUGAUCACGAUGGGAAGUUCCCCCAGAUUUCCGAUGUAUGAUAAUGAUUUCGGGUGGGGCAGACCCGUUGCAGUUCGGAGCGGGAGGGCUAACAAGUUUGAUGGCAAGAUUUCGGCUUUUCCAGGGAGGGAAGGCGGUGGGAACGUUGAUUUGGAGGUGGUGUUGGCCGCGGAGACUAUGGCUGGUUUAGAGUUGGAUUCGGAGUUUAUGCAAUACGUUUCUGGUUAUUGA